UGUCCGCCGCCGCACUUUGCAACUUUUCCCUCAUCUCGCUCCUCUUUGCCCACCCUCGACGCGCGCGCGCUCUCUCUCUUUCUCUCUCUCUCGCAAAGAUGGCAAGAGCGGGAUCGAUCGCCGUCUCUUCCGGCUCAGACAGUGGAGCACCUACGAGUGGUCGCAAGUCUGUAGGAGCAGGUAGCGCCAGCAAGAAGACCGCCUCUUUCGCUGCUGCUCGCAAGUCCAACAGCUCCAGUUCGAACAAAAAGUCCAAGAGAGGAGAGGAAGAUGAGGUGGAAGAGGUGAUCGAUGAACCUCAUCAAGAUGGUGAUGAGGUCGCUAUUCGAGAGGAGGAUGAGGAUGAGAAUGUCGAGGAAGAGGAGGAGGAUGAUGAUGAUGAUGAGGAUGAGGAGCCGGAGUACGAAAUCGAAAAGAUUUUGAGACAUCGAUCUGCCAAGAAUACGGGCAAGAUUGAUUAUUACAUCAAGUGGAAAGGAUACGAUCUUAAUGAAAGUACCUGGGAGCCAGAGGCCAACGUGAAGGCUACGGCUGGCGAAAUGGUCAAGCAGUACUGGGAAGGCGCGCCUGGCAACAAGGUGCAACCGCGCAAGUACCUCUCGCCCUCUAAAGCCGCCGCAGCCGCCGCUCUGGCCGGUGCCAAGCGAAAGCGAUCGGCCGGUCGAGCAUCCGCCGAUGCCGAUGCUGAGUCCAUCGAGCAAGUUGAGGAUGAGGAGGAGGAGGAGGAGGAGGAAACGUCGGCAGAGAAGAGCAAGAGCAGCAAAGCAGCGCCUAGCAAAGAAGAGAAGGAGCAUGCAAAGCAUUUGCAGGAUGUUCAGAGGGAAAAGGAAAAGUACGAAGCGAUGGAUAGUUGGGACGAUAUUUGCAUAUGCGAGACGAUGGAGAGGGGAGAGGAUGGCGUGCUUGUCGCUCUCAUGAAGUUCAACAAGUGCAAGUACGAGCUGGAUUUUCCAGCCGAAAUCUGCUACAAGCGAGCUCCUCAAAAGAUGCUAGCAUUCUACGAAGCUCAUUUGCGCUUCAAGACGCCUACGGCCGGGGCGGGCAAAAAGACGAGAAAGUAAAAGGAAGCGGAGGGAGAGGGAGGAGAGGGGCGCCGCUCAAGACUCUAU